UAUGGCGUAAUGUGGGGUUCUUCAAAAAUCACAACUCAUUUCUCCUUUUCGUGAAGCACGCGAGGACACACCAGGCUCAGUGCGGAAUCGACAGCUGGGCGGCACGUGUGUGCAAAUCUACAAUUACCCGUCUUAGCAGCACCGUAACCCACGUUGCGGAAGUUUUGUUGGAAAGGGUAGAAAAUUACUAGAAACGCGAGCUUCUAAAUCAACUGACCCAACACUUACACCGUAGCUUCAAAUUGGGAGGAAAAAAAGAGAAAGAUGCCCGCACCGCGUCACGUUUACGUCGCCGUCAUUGGCGCGGGAGGAGUUGGAAAAUGCUUCCUUUCACAGCUGAGCCAGCUUAGCACAAGGCUUGCGCAGGACUCUCGAGCACCCACGUACCUUUCGCUUGUUCUGCUCGCCAGAAGCUCCAAGGUCCUGAUGCCCGAAGGCUACAAGCCAAUCUCUCUCUCAUCGUGGGAGUCCGACCUGCAGGCUUCGCCGGCCAAAGUCCCGUCGCUACCAGAGAUUGCAGACUACCUGUCAAAAUCUGGCAAGCCCGUCGUGCUCGUGGACAACACGAGCAACCAGGACGUCGCUGACAGCUAUCCCAGCUUUCUGGAGAAGGGUAUCAGCGUGGUUACACCAAACAAGAAGGGCUUUUCCGGUUCCUACGACCUGUGGAAGAAGAUCUUUGGCGCCGCAUCGAAUGGCCAGGGUACAGGCGGCUUUGUGUUCCACGAGAGCACAGUGGGCGCGGGACUACCGGUGAUCAGCACUCUGCACGACUUGAUUGACAGCGGCGACGAAGUGACCAAGAUAGAAGGCGUGUUCUCGGGCACCAUGAGCUUCCUGUUCAACAGCUUCAUGCCAGUAGGCGGUGGCGGUGGAUCGUUCUCCGCCGAGGUCAAAAAGGCAAAGGAGCUAGGAUACACAGAGCCGGAUCCACGGGACGACUUGAACGGACUCGACGUCGCGCGAAAGCUCACCAUCCUCGCUCGCAUCUCUGGCCUGGACGUUGCAAGCCCAACCAGCUUCCCCGUGCAAAGCCUGAUCCCGAAGGAGCUGGAGAGCGUGGGAAGCGGCGAGGAGUUCUUAGAGAAGCUACCGGCCUUUGACGGCGACAUGGACAAGCUGAAGGCCGAGGCCGCGUCCGAAGGUAAGGUCGUACGGUUCGUGGGCAGCAUCGACGUGGGGAAAAAGCAGGUCAAGGUCGGCCUGGAGAAAUUUGACCAUUCUCACCCAAUCGCGGCGCUCAAAGGCAGCGACAACAUCAUCAGCUUCUACACGAAGAGAUACGGAAGCAACCCCCUGAUCAUUCAGGGUGCCGGUGCUGGCGGCGAAGUAACGGCCAUGGGCGUCACGGCAGAUUUGAUCAAAGUUCUUAAGCUCCUGCACUAGGCUGGCCAAAGCACUAUUUGACUCUUCCCAUGCGCAGAUUCUCACAUAAUGAAGAGAGCCUAGGACACCUGCCAAGAGAUUGCAGUUUUCAAUUUAUAUGACCAAGCCUUGAAUUUGAUAUGCCAAUCGCUCGUUCGGCACGGACUGCAAAAAUACGUGCGACUGGUGAGAACUAGAAGAAAUAAAUUCAUCCAUUCAAGUCCAA